AUGAUAUCAAACUCGACAGCCUUGCCUGGAAAGAAUCUGACGGUUUGUGAUCAACAUGGUAAUCCAGGAGAUAGCUACAAUAUGAUGUAUAGCUAUUUGUACAUGUUAAAGCAAGUGAAUCCGGGAACAACCACCGAUGUGAAAUUGGAUGAGGCAGUCAUGAGGAAAGUGAUAGUGGUGGAUACGACAUGGCUGAAGAACAGAUAUGGCGGUGUUCAAGUUUUUGCCAAAGCUCAAGAUCCAAAUCGCCACCAUUAUCCACUAGCGUUGGCAGUACUAGAUGGAGAGAAUCAUGCUACCCAGACUUGGUUUUUCGAGAUGCUUAAGAGAGCUAUACCAGACUCUGCUGAACGGGUUUUCAUGACUGACAGAAAUCAAAGCCUGAUCUUUGUAGUAGCAAACGUGUAUCCACAGGCUCACCAUGGCCAUUGUGUAUGGCAUUUGAAGGAAAAUGUGAAAGGGCAUGCUUGUAACGUCAACAAAGAUGUAGUCGGGCAUAAAUUUAUGGAAUUGGGCAGAUAUUACACCAUGGAUGACUUCGACUCUGCCUACAAAUCGUUUAAGAGAAGAUAUCCUUCGGCUUGGAAGUACAACUUGGACACAAGCAACAGUGUGGAAUCAAUGAACAACGUGUUUAGAGAGGCAAGGAGGUGGGCCUUAAGACCAAUGUUAGAUUGUAUCAUCAACACAUUCUCUGAUUGGUUUAAUCAACAUCGCAAGGAUGUUGUUUCUGGAUCAGUCGAGACGAAGCUGGGGCCUCUGGUUGAGAACCACUUGCACGAUCUAUGGCCUGUUGCAAGAACGCUACCUGUGCGGGAGCUUAAUAGCUAUGAACUUGAGUACGAGGUCACCGACAGUGAUGGGAGUAUGUUUUUGGCGAACUUGGUUGCGAAAACUUGUACUUGCAAGGUGUGGGAUUAUGAAAAGAUUCCUUGUCUGCACGGUCUGGAUGCGUACAUAUAUUACACUAAGUGCGGUGAUGAGGGCGUUGGCACGCGACGUGAUGUCCAUAUUCACUAUCACGAGCUCUGCUCAAAAUACUAUUGGACGGAACUGUGGGCAUUGGCGUAUUCCAGGACACUUUAUGUCGUGUCCGACAAGUCUUCAUGGAAUGUACCAGAUGACAUAAAAGAGCUGAACAUCAUACCUCCGAAUCGCAUUACCUGGAAGGAAAGGAGAAGAGUUAAAAGACAUCCAUCUUGUGGAGAACGACGUAAAAGGACACGGAACAAGAGGCAGCCAAGGCAAAACUAUGGUUUCAAUUGGUUGUUAUUUGGAAAUAGUGCUAGCCCCCCUACUUGA